AUGUUAAGCGAUUUCCUUCGAAAAAGAGUAUCCGUAGUCACCACGGACGGACGCAACCUCGUCGGUGUGCUGCAUUCCGCGGAUCAGCUGCUUAACCUUGUGCUCACCUCCUGCGUGGAGCGCACCGCGGCCCCCUUCAACGGCCGCGAGGGAGGGGAGAAAAUGGAGGAAUCCCCCCUUGGCGUGAUGCUCGUUCGCGGGGCAAACGUCGUGGCCGUAGGCGCCAUCGACGUCCAUGCCGAGGCGGAGGCUAAUCCAAGUUUAUGGACCGGUAGGGAUAUGCCACCAGCGCAAAGUGUUCCGCAUGUGAUGAUGUGA